GUUGCACCAACGUGGAGCAGCGCUUACCUAAAGGUGGUGGAUGUAUGAGUUUAAAGUCAAUUUUACUUAGAUCGGUUCCCAAUUAUUGACCUACAGUGGGUUUAACAGGUCGUUUUGCAUCAUAGACUUUUGAAACCAAAAAGAAUACAACAACCUUCCGUCUGUCAGAGCGCGGACAUGGCUGACAAGAAACCCAGUACAUCAGAAGCUCCCUUCGCCAAAAGGAUAGACCCAGCUAAAGAGGGCAUUUCUAAAGAACAAUUACAUUUUAUCAGACAGGUGGAGCUGGAGCAAUGGAAGAAGAAAACUCAAAAACUGAGGACACGAAAUGUAGUGACGGGACUCGCCAUUGGAGCUGUGGUAGUGGGCAUCUAUGGGUACACGUUUUGGUCAGUCUCUCAGGAGAAGAUCAUGGAUGAAAUCGAUGAAGAGGCGAAAAGAGCGAGGACCCAGACUCCAAAGACUGGUGCCAACUGAGACACACCUGUGACCUGUUGUUGGACUGUGGAUGGCCCUAAAAUAUUACAGCACUUAGAACAUAGAGGACUUAUGUGCUGCUCUAUAUAAGCACUGGACUUGAGUGUUUUGAUUCUAAUGCUGACUUAAAAUCUGUUCUUAUUAUGGUUGUUUUGCCAAAUUUCAGUUUGACAAAUAAUUUCUAAAUCAAUGCAUCUACAAUAAUCUAAUAUGAAUGAAGACUAUGACACAUGCGCCACCAGUCAGCUAAUGUUGUUUCUUAUGUGAGGCCUUUUAACACCAGGGGAUGCCAGAGACUUUUGUAAAAGCAUUUAAAUGCUUAUUUAUUUUCAUAGUGUUGGAUUUGUUAACUAAAAAAUGUGUAAAUGAUGUGCAGAAAACUUAUCUUGUACAGGAAGACAGUAAAAGUAAACAACUGCUAA